UGGCUGCGUGAAAUCCAGACCCAGUGGACGAUGUGGUACACGGAGGACAUGGACGGCCGCCUCGUCCAGAAAGGUGUGAACGACCACAAGCAUCUGGCCGUCAGGCUGUCAAAGCUGUUCCCCUCACUGAUUUCAGAGGUGAAGCUCAGAGGUGGAUUCAUCAAGUUCAUAAGCAGCUCAAAGCACAGGUGUGUCAACAGCACACUGUCCUUCAAGGCAGGACUGACAGAGCUGUGGGCUAUUACAGAUAAGGAGUUUGACCAUACAGUGAACGAUGCUCUCAUGAGGUUUUUUGACCGGUGCGCCAGGUUUGUGCAGGAAGUUGAUAAGAACCCCUCAGCUCUGUCAGAGGUGGACCAGUUCAGGCAGGGACCAGAGAUGAGGAGGGUCACGGAGAAGAUCGCAGACCGGCUCAGGGUCCCCUACAAUGACAUCACUCAAGAUAUGACUGCGGCGGCGUUUGACCUCUGUGCUUAUGAAUUUGCAAUUAAGGCAGCGAACUCCCCUUGGUGUCAACUCUUCGAUGAGGAUGAUGCAAAGGUCGUGGAUUAUGCAAGUGACCUGAGGGAAUUCUGGACGAGAGGCUAUGGUUACGAUAUUAACAGGAAGUCGAGCUGCAUUCUUUUCCAUGAUGUGUUUAACCGACUGAACGAGGCAGCCAACGAGAGUCAGUCAGGGCAACAGGUGACUGAGGCUGUGACGGUCCAGGUCGGCCAUGCAGACACCCUCCUGCCCUUGCUUACCCUCCUGGGCUUCUUCAAGGACAGCGAGGCCCUGACUUCCACCAACUUCGCCACACAGGCCCAGCGCUCCUUCCGCACCAGCCACAUGUUGCCCUAUGCAGCUAACUUAGUCCUGGUGCUAUACGACUGCGGAGGAGGCGACCUGAGACUGCAACCGCUGCUCAACGAGAAGCCCGUGACCUUCCCCGGUUUGACUAACCAGCAGGCCUCCAUACCGCUCUAUCAAGACGUCAGAAAUCACUACAGGGAGCUGCUCCAAGGCUGUGACUUUGAGACUGAGUGUCAGCUGUUCAAGAGUCCAGCUUAAGUCAAAGCACACCGGGUAGAUCCUGGAAAAAUGUUACUGGUUGAAUGUGCGUUUUUUCUAAAUGUUCUGCUUUUGAAAAUUUAAAUAUGGAUGCUGUAACCAAACAUUUUCAGGAGGCACUUUUGUGUUUCUCGAAACACUGAAUUUUUUUUGUCUUUCUUUCUUUCAAUAAAAAUAACUAUAAUAUAGAAAA